GAUGACUGCAGCGCCACACAGUAACAUCUCAAUCAAGAAUCUGCUGAAGAUUCAUUCAGUCUCCUGAUCUUCUUUUUCCUACAGGACAAACACAGAGCAAAACUCCGGCUGAAUCAGCUGAGAUCCACAUGACACACUAUUAUAAAGAUGGCGUUUAUUAAAAAGGAGAUUGAAGACAUGAAGAUUGAAGAAACAUUCAAAGUCGAGCAUGAAGAUACUGAGGAACAAACAAAGAUGGUGUUUAUUAAAGAGGAGAGUGAAGUCAUGAAGAUUGAAGAAACAUUCAGAGUCAAACAAGAAGAUACUGAGACACAAACAGACGUGGUGGCAGUGAAAGUGGAGAGUCCAGAUCUGAAUGAAGUGGAAGACAAAGAUAUGAAACAGCAUGAUUUCAAAAUUGGAGAAAAACCUUUUAGUUUAUCACAAACUGAAAACACUUCCUCUCAAAAAAGAGCUCAGAAGACUGGAACUAAAAGUCAUUUAAUCUGCCAACAGUGUGGAAAGAGUUUUAGUAAAAACGGAAACCUUAAAGUCCACAUGAGAAUUCACACUGGAGAGAAGCCUUACAUGUGCCAAUAUUGUGGAAAGAGCUUCCUACGAACAGAUGAUCUUAAAAGUCAUUUGAGAAUUCACACUGGAGAGAAGCCAUUUGAAUGCAGUCAGUGUGGAAAGAGUUUCUCACAUAAAGCAACCGUUCAUAAUCAUAUGAGGAUUCACACCGGAGAGAAGCCUUUCACCUGCAAACUGUGUGGAAAAACCUGGAAUCAAAAAGGAAAACUAAAGAUUCACAUGAGAGUUCACACUGGAGAGAAGCCUUACACAUGUGAUCAGUGUGGAAAAUGUUUCCCAUAUAAAGAAAGCUUUAGUAAGCACAUGAAGAUUCACUUAAGAGAGAGCUGUUUUAUCUGCCAUCAGUGUGGACUGAGUUUCACAGACAGGAAUCACCUCAAACGGCACAUAAUGACUCACAUUGGACAGGAGCCUUUUAUGUGUAAUGACUGUGGAAAGACUUUCCUUAAAAAAGCAAACCUCAGGACUCACAUGAGAGCUCACACCUGAGAGAAGUUUUUCACCUGCCAGCAGUGUAGAAAGAGUUUCAGACAUAAAACACUUUAUACCCUUUUUGACAGUCACACCAGAGAGAGGCCUUUCCAUGCAUCUUCAGUGUAAGUUUCACAUAUCAAAUGUAUUGUUUUGUAAACUCAUUCUGGGAAUAAAUUUUGAUUGUUGUAAGAGGUUUAAUUUCAAAAUUCACCUGUGCACCUGUCCUUUUCCAGAACAGGGC